CAACUGGUUGCCCUGGGCGACGGGAAGACGCAGUCCCUCAGAUUGCAUUCCUGGCAAAUUCCUAGCACCUGCUAGUGGUCGAAGGCCCCAGUGAGCUAUGUCGGAGAUCCUGUGCCAUUGGCUCAACCGGGAUUUGAAGGUGUCCCGGACCGUGAGUCCCAAGUCAUUUGCAAAGGCAUUUUCAAAUGGCUAUCUAAUUGGAGAAGUUCUGUACAAGUUUGAACUUCAGAGUGAUUUUUCAGAAUUUUCAGAGAGCAGGGGUUCAACUGCCAAACUUAAUAAUUUCUCCCGCUUGGAGCCAACACUUCACCUGCUGGGUGUGCAGUUUGAUCAGAAUGUGGCCCAAAGCAUCAUCACAGAGAAGCCAGGGGCAGCAACAAAACUUCUCUAUCAGUUGUACAUUGCUCUUCAAAAAAAGAAGAAAACCGGGCUGACUGGAUUAGAAAUACAAACCAUGCAACCCCAGACAAACAUAAGGCUUCAGGAACUCAGAAGUGAGGCUUUUCGAGAGAGACUUAAAAACCUGAUCCCACGCCAAACUGAUUUCAAUCUGAUGCGGGUUACAUGCAGGUUUCAAGAAAAAUGUAAACAAAUGAAAGAAGAUCUUGCCCGAAUGAAUAUUGAGAAGUUUGAAAAAUUUCAAAAACUCGAGGAAGAGCAAAGACACUUUAAUAUCGAAAAGCAACGUUUAAAUAGAAGACGACAGAAUGAGAUAAUGGCCAAAAUCCAAGCAGCCAUUAUACAGAUCCCUAAGCCUGAAUCCAAUCGUACUUUGAAAGCACUUGAGGCUCAAAAACUGAUGAAAAAGAAAAAAGAGGCAGAGGAUGUGGCCAAUGAGAUUAAGAAAUUUGAAGCCCUAAUAAAAAAGGAUCUCCAAGCCAAAGAAAGUGCAUCCAAGACUUCUUUAGAAACAACAGACCAGACAACUACUGAUUUGUUAAACACUUACUCAGAUGAUGACUAUAUUAAAAAGAUCCAGAAACGCCUGGAAGAAGACGCUUUUGCGCGUGAGCAAAGGGAGAAAAGACGGCGGAGGUUGUUGAUGGACCAGUUAAUCGCCCAUGAAGCACAGGAGGAGGCCUAUCGGGAAGAGCAGCUGAUUCACCGGCUGAUGCGUCAGUCCCAGCAGGAGCGCAGGAUCGCGGUGCAGCUCAUGCAUGUUCGGCACGAAAAGGAAGUGUUGUGGCAAAAUAGAAUCUUCAGAGAGAAACAAUACGAAGAAAGACGACUUAAGGAUUUCCAGGAUGCUCUUGAUCGAGAAGCGGCUCUUGCCAAACAAGCUAAGAUUGAUUUCGCAGAACAAACCUUCAGGGAGAAGGAAAUUCAUGAAAAGAUGGCUGCGGAAAGAGCUCAAGCGCGCUUUGAGAAGCAUUAUGGGAUAUGUGCAGAAAUUUUGGAUCAGAUACUUGAUUUGUGCACUAAAGUGGCAGACUAUCGGUUGCUGACAAAUAAUAGUCUCAUUCCACAUAAGAUAAUGCAUGAUUGGAAAGAACUGUUUUUUAGUGGAAAUCCCAUCUAUGAACAGACUUCUCUUAAACAUGGGACUGCAGAGGCCACCGGGGAAUAUUUUAUAGAGCUGGAGAAAAGGAACUUGCUUGAUAGAAACGAUUAUGAAGACUAUAAGAACAUGGUUGGAGAGUGGGCCUUACCAGAAGACAUGGCUAACAGUUCACCACCCUCCAACAAUUACAUACUGGGACAUGUGCUCCAGAGACUAAUUGAAAAAUCUAUCCCCUCUCAAGAUGCUGCUGCAGAAACUGAAUCACCUUCAUAUGCUGUGAAGGGAUGCUUGCUGGGGAAAACCCUCAGUGGAAAAACGACUGUUCUAAAGGCUCUACAAGAAGACUUUCCUAUUCAGGUACUUUCUAUUGAUACUCUUGUCCUGGAAGCUAUCCGGGCAUUUCAUGACAAUGAACAAGCCAGUGGGGUAAAACCAAUUCGCAAAGAACAUAAAGGAGAUCCUCUAUCGGGCGUGAAAGAAAUUAGAAGACAGGCGCAAGAUUCGUUAUCAGUUCCUCCAGCUCCAGGGACAUCAAUAUCCCUACAAGAAGUAGGUGCCAAGAACGGUGAAGCUGAAGGUGUCAAACCAAGUGACAGUUUCUUAAGUCUUACUGUGAGAGCUCAACUUGGUGCAAAGUCAGAACAGUUGCUUAAAAAAGGAAGGAGCAUCCCAGACAUAUUGCUGGUUAACAUCUUGGUGAAUGCUAUUAAGAAUAUGCCCGUGAACCAAAGCUGGGUUCUUGAUGGGUUUCCAAUGACAUUAAACCAAGCUCAACUUCUAGAAGAAGCAUUGACAGGCUACAAAAAAAAAUGCAAAGAGGCCGAGAAAAAGAAAGCACAGAUGCCCACCCUGGCCUUGGGCCCUACCCCUUCCAAAGAAGCCCCUCCGCUCCCAUCAGCAUUCGACUUUGUCGUAUUACUAGAUAUUUCAGAUAAUACAUCACUGGAUCGCAUGAAUGAUAUCAUAGCCAAGGAAAUCUCACAUGAAAUUUCUCAUGAAAACAUUGGUCAUUGUGGAGCUUCUAUAAGCCAAGAUAAGAGUGUGGACCGGAACUUAAGAGACCAGAUACACCAUAGAAUUGUUGGCUUCUCAGACAAUUGGUCAUCAUUGGAAGAGUGGUUUACAGAGCCACAAAAUAUUUUGACAAGAGUAAAUGCUGAAAUGGAUGAAGGGGCUUUAUGCCAGAAAGUAAAAGAAAUUUUUUCUACUGAAAUAGUAAAUAAAAAGGCCAAAGUUGAAAAGAAAUUAGAAGAAAAAGAAACUGAUAAAAAGGCGGCAUCUGCUGAGGCUCCUACCACUGCUUCACCCCUUUCUCCUGAAGCAGAGAAAGACAAGGAGAGUCAUCUUCACCGUGAGAUAUCAAAAAUUUCUCCUGGAAAGGGGAGAACACCAUCAGAAAUCCAGCAUGGUAAGCAAGACUCUCAACAUGAAGUAAAAGGAAAGAAAGUUUCUCCUAAAGGAAAACCACAAGGAGGAAAAACACCAGCAAAGAAAUCACCUGGUGGCUCUGCAGACACAUCACCCACACCAACAGCACCAGGACCACCUAAGCCAGGAUCAGAAGAGUGGAUCUACGUGAAUGAGCCUAUACCCGAGGAAUUGCCUUCCUUUUUAGUACCUUACUGGGAACUGAUAGAGAAAUCCUACAUAAACCACAUCAAAACCGUACUUCGGUAUCUUAGAGAAAACCAACACACUAUACUUUCUUAUUUAUAUGAAACUAGAACAAGUUUCAAGGAGUUUCUAAGGCGUCCAGAUCACAAGCAAAAUUUUGUAUCUCAGUGGCAGACUGAUUUCAACUCUGUUCCUGAAGACCUGUGGGAAGAUGAGGAGACCAAGGCUGAACUACACCAAAGAGUGAAUGAUCUACGAGACCGCCUGUGGGACAUCUGUGAUGCCAGGAAGGAAGAGGCGGAGCAAGAGAGGCUUGAUAUCAUUAAUGAGAGCUGGCUGCAGGACUCUGUUGGAAUAACAAUGAAUCACUUCUUUUCCCUGAUGCAGGCGGAAGUGAACCGUUUCCAGGAUACCAAAAGACUCCUCCAAGAUUAUUACAGAGCAAUGGAAUCCAAAAUCCCACUAGAAGACAAUAAGAAAUUUACUCGGGUCCCAUUGAUUCAGCUCGAUAGUAAAGACAUUUCAGAAAACCAGCUUAGAAUUCCUCUAGUUCCUCGAAUAUCCACUUCUCCCGAAAAUGUUACCAUCAAACCAAAGGUGAAAGCAUUACUGAAGGGCAAGAUUGAUCCAUCACUAGAAGGUUUGGAAGCUAACUUUGAGGUAGAUGAGAAGAUCGUAAUAGACACUUGGCAGCAGGCUUCCAUGGCCAUCUCCCACAUGGUGGCUGCUGAAAUCCAUCAAAGGCACAUAGAAGAAGAAAAAGAAACACCUCCAGUGGAUUCCAAAGAAAAGUCUCCUCAGUCAGGUACAAAUAAAAAAGCCAAGAAGGAGAAGGAGGCACCCAAGAAGAAAAAGGCAGAAAAGAAAGGAAAAGGUAAAUCAUCACCCGUGGCAGAAGUCAGUCCAAUCACAAUAUCGCCUGAAGAGCUAGCCGAAAUCGAAAAGAAGAAUGAACUGAAGCUCAAGAUUAAGGAAGAGCAUCUGGCUGCCCUGCAUUUGGAAGAAGUAGCCACGCAGUUUCGUCUGGAACUAAUAAAGACAAAAGCUUUGGCUGUCCUUGAAGAGUUAGUGACAAAGGUGGUUGAUGUCUACAAGUUCAUGGAAAAGUGGCUUGGCCAGAGGUAUUUAAAUGAGAUGGCCAGUAUAGAGAAAUUGACUGAAGUAGCUCGCUACUACAUUGAAACGGCUACAAAAAUUCAAAAUGAGAUUUAUUUAGGCCAAGAAGAUUUCUACAUCAAUGGAGACAUAAAAGUCUUCCCAGAUGCUAUCCCACCAACCCGCCCUCCACCAGUAGAAAAGGAAGAAAAUGGGACCCUGACAAUCGAACAACUGGACAAUCUCCGAGAUCAGUUCUUAGAUAUGGCACCUAAAGGCAAAGACUCUCCAGAUGCUGUGAUUCCAAGCACCAAAAAGCAGAAAAAGUCACGAAAGCUUGACUACUACCUACCAGAAAGAAAUCAUCAGUUUUUGAAAAUUUGGCUAAAAAAAUACCCCUGGCUUGUAUAUGAUGAGCUAUUAAACCUUAUGUUCUGCGCCCUGUGUCGUAAGCAUGGAGUAAAGUCGGGGGGAAGUCAAGUGAGUUUUUUCUAUGGCACGGACAACUUCAAGGCUGAAUUUCUCAGUGCGCAUCACCUCAGUGAAGCCCAUGCCAAGGCAUCCCUGAUGGAAGCAACAAGUGGUUCUCCCGUGAACAGGGCUGCCACUGAGCUGAUGGUAAGGACCAUGAGCAAAGUGACUCUUGGGAGAGUAGAGAACUUAUUUAGAUCAUGCCAUGCUCUAGCAAAGACCGGACGUCCCCUCAAAGACUUUAUUUGGAUGUGUAAGUUGGAUGAUAUGAAGGGUGUUGAUAUAGGCCCAGUCUUCAGAACUAAUAAGUCAGCAAGAACAUUUACAUAUUUCAUUGCCGAAGUAGAAAGAAAAAAUCUAAGAGAAAAGCUAGAAAAAAGUAAAUUUUUCUCUGUUAUCACUGAUGGAAUUGCAGACAGUUUUACUGAAGAAGUCACAAUGGUCUAUGUUCAAUUUGCACAUUCAGGAAAAGUGCAAUGUCAGAUUGUUGGGGUACAGUCAGUAGAACAGAAGGACCCUUUGACAAUGAAAACUGUUAUUGAGAAAACUCUAGAGACGAACCUUCAACUUAGGCUGUCAAGUCAAGACUGGGCGAAGAAGUUGGUUGGUUUUGGAAGCGAUCAUUCCGCUGGAAUAGAGGGAGAGAACAGAGUGGCCCUGCUUUUGAGAAAAAUACAGCCAUGUGUGCAAAGUGUGUAUUGCUUUGCACAUCACCUAGAACUGUCUUACAAAGCUGUGUUCCAGAGUAUCCCUCUGUUCAACAACCUCGAGGAACUCCUUACCAAUAUUUACCACUUCUAUCACCACUCUCCUCUCCUGAAGAAUUCUCUGAUAACUGCCUUCAGAGGCCUCCACCUUCGACCAGUGAUGCCUUCUCAAAUAGGAGGCAGACCGUGGCUUUAUGGACUGCAGGCUGCCCUCCAGAACUUUCUAAAAGGAUACCCAGCAAUUGUUCAGCAACUGCAAUCAGUAAGUAAUUUUGAAAUAUGUUUUCCGGAACAUCAAGAAAUAAUUUUACUGAAUUCUUUGGAGUAAGGUUUUUGAGAUGGAGAUGUACCCACCAUAUCAUUCCCAACUUGUAUUACAGGCAGAAAAAGGCAAAAAUGAUACCAAUCAACAGAAAGCUAAUGAACUUCUAGAUCUUGUU